AAUGAACCCCGAGACACAACACCGGAAGUACGCAUGGGUGAAGCCUCUUGCUCCGUGUACGUCAGAUCUGCACGUCCGCCGCCACAGCGCAGGUCUCGAGCUAGUGAGAGGGAAGCUAGCACGCUGUGUUUGACGUGGAGUGGGACAUCAUUCGUCCUUUUAUCUUCCUUAAUUUCAAGUACCACCUUUACAAAGUUAACAAAGUAAAUAUUCUUCAUUAACGCAACCCAGAAACGAAGACACAACACUUCCGGUGUGACUUGUAACUAUUAUGGCUGGCAGCACCAUCAAGACUGUGCACGAUAUUUUUCAAAGCAUGGAGACCGGACCUGCAGCAGCUUCCAGCAGCGCCACUGCACAGGCCUGGCUGCAGCAUCAUUCCCGUUCUCUGGGUCUGUUCAUCGAUGGGAAGUUUGUCCGUCCAGCCGACAGACAGAGUUGCUCCCUGACUGAUUCUAAAGGUGUUAACGUGUGCAGCACAGUGUGCGCUGUGGAGGAAGACGUUUCCCAGUGCGCCUCCUCUGCUGUUAACGGCUACAAGGCGUGGAGCAGCCUGAGCUGCUACCAGAGAGCCAAAGUGUUGCUCAGGUUGGUGAGUGUCCUCGGGCAGCACGGUCAGUGUGUGUCGGAGCUGUGUGAGCUGUGUAACGCCGCCUGCUCGCCCUCCGCCCUCGUCAGACUGCUGCAGUACUACAGCAGCUGGGCUCAGCUCAGAGACACGCUCAUCACUGACUGGACACCGCUGGGUGUGGUGGCCGUGGUUGUCUCUGAUGACUGCUCUCUCUACUCCCUCAUGCUCAAAGUCCUGCCAGCACUGGCCAUGGGGAACUCCGUCAUCGUCGUCCCUGGUCGGAGCAGCGCCCCUCCAGCGCUCCUGUUGGCCCAGCUUUUUACAGGAGCAGGACUUCCUGCCGGAGCUCUUAAUGUUUUAACAGGAAGUGACCUGUCGCUGGGCGCCAAAGUGGCCCGGAACUCCAGCAUCAGCUACGUCACCUACAGCGGCAACAAGCAGGACGGGGUGACGCUGUGUAAGGCCACAGCAGGGAUGGGCGUUCCCGUUUCUAUCUCGCCCUACAUCGGCGCUAGCUGUCCCUUCAUCAUCUUUGAGUCAGCUGACAUUGACAGCGCAGUGGACGGAGUGAUGGAGGCGGCGUUCAAGAGGAAACGAGAGGUCCACUGGGUGCUGUGUGUGCAGGAGAGCGUGCUGGACAGUGUCGUGGCUCGUCUCAGGCUCCGUUUGGCCGGGAUGAAGUGUGUGUCCCUGCACAGUGAUGGGGCCAGGCUCCUGGUGGACGUUGCAGUACAGGACGCUCAGCAUCAGGGGGCGACGUUGGUUCAGUCCUGCGCUGCCCCCCCCUCAGGUGCUCAGUACCCUCCCACAGUGCUCUGCGGGGCAGCCCCCUCCUCUCCAUUCGUGGUCAGCCCUCCUCCUGGACCGCUGCUGCCGCUCAUGACCUUCAGAAGCAACACAGAGGCAGUGACGCUCGGAAACCACAGCCCUCAUGGUCAGGCAGCCUCCAUCUGGACUGAAGACCUCACACUGGCUCUGGAGACAGCCAAGAGUCUGUCAGUUGGCUCUGUGUGGGUGAAUUCCCACUCUGUGUCCGACCCCUGUCUGCCUGUCUCCGGUCACAAAGACAGCGGCACCUGCACUGACGGAGGACAGGAGGGUCUGUACCAGUUCCUACGUCCGUCCUCGUCCUCUCCUCCUCUUCCUCGCUCCUCGCCCGUCUCUAUGGACUACUCAAAGUUUGGAACAGCAGCGUCUCCAGCAAUCAUUCCUGAAGACUGUGACGCUGCCAGUGCUCCGAAGUCCUACCUGCAGUUUGUUGCUGGUAAAGCAUGUAAAUCAGUGUCUGGCUGCAGUGUGGCGGUGCAGUCACCAGGGGGCGGCAGCGUGUUAGCCUACUGUCCAGAUGGAGGUCGGAAGGACGUCCGCAAUGCUGUGGAGGCUGCUGCCAAAGUCCAGCCUGGCUGGAUGAAAAAGACACCGUCUGCACGCGCUCAGUUGCUCCACUCUCUGGCUAAGGGCCUGGAGGCAAAGAGGCGGGACAUAGCCGCGUCAAUCAACGCUCAGACUGGUCUCUCAAUGGACGAGGCUGAUCAGGAGGUGGAGCUCAGCAUCAACAGGCUCAGUGAUUGGGCGGCUUACUGUGACAAAGUCCAAGGAGGAACUCCACCUCUGCCACAGUCCGGCUCUGCUCUCUCCCUCCCUGAAGCCCUGGGAGUCGUGGGGGUCGUCCUCCCUGACAGGAAUCCCCUCCUCUCUAUGGUGACACUUCUUGGGGCAGCCAUCGCCAAUGGCAACGCCGUCAUCAUGGUCCCCAGUCAGAAGUAUCCACUUUCAGCCUUGGCUUUCAUUCAGGUGCUUCAGUCUUCAGACCUGCCAGCAGGAUUGGUAAAUGUCAUCACAGGAAGUAGAGACCAGCUGACAGCCGCUCUGGCUAAUCACAGCGUCAUCAGGGCCAUCUGGUACUGGGGCAGUGCUGAGGGCUGUCAGUACCUCCAGCACACCUGCAGCAGCCCUCUGAAGACCCUCCGUCUGAUCUGUCAGAAGGAAGCUGGAGGGACAGACUGGACUCAGUGUCGUCCCUCGCUCCUGGAGGAGAUGUGGAGGAACGCCUUCCAGUGGAAGAGUGUCUGGAUUCCCACUGCAUAAGCAGACAAAGAUGGAGGGUCAGGUAUCAGCUGUAGAGUAGAACUGUGACCUGAAGUAUCUGUGUUUAACAGGAAGGAUUAAGAAUGAAGCGUGACCAUGAAAUCAUAAGACGCCCCCCAGUAACUGACUGUUAGCUAAACCCCACAUGCCUCACUCAAGGCCAGAACACACCAGCGGUGAGUGACAAGUGUCAGAAAACACACCCCCUGUUUUCUAUGUACAACCUCACACCAGGCGUGCGGCCUAGAUGCGGCGCCCCGUGGCAUUUCACACCACUGUCCUGUCUCCAGCCUGCCGCCCCCAGAAUUAAAUGCAUUUCCCCCACUUAUGUGAAUGAUCAAUAAGGAACAGAGUCAGUGAGCCAAAUGAGAUAACAAGAGAUUAAAUAUAUUAACAGAUUUAAGUUUGAGGUCGUGGCAGGAGACACAUUACGAACUGCUUUGCCAAAUAUCUUCAGUCACUGUUCAGACAGCACAUCACAACAACACUUGUGAUGUGCUGUCUGCUGUUGGGUCGAUGCUACAGCACAGACUCUUCAUGAACACCUGAUGACUUUCUACCUCUGUCUUCUGCUGCUCUGCAUCUUCUCUCUGUCAGUCACCAACGUCUGCUUCGUUUAGUUCAAGUACCUCGACUCCGAGGUCAGUGUUUGUUUUAUACAGGCAGACUUGGACCAGAUAUUUGGAAGUGACAUAAAGUAUGUGAGAGACAUGGUAGAAUAUAUACGUAAGCCCUGAGGGCGAGUGGAGAAAAAAAUUCUAGUGAAUGAAAUAGUUUUCUGUUUUAAUGACUUAAAAACAGGUGAGAAAAGGUUUUGGCUGGAUAAAAUGAUGAAGACAAUCUUUGAAUCAGGUGGAAAAAUAUUAUUUGCCAGAUUAAAAAAAGCUUUGCCAUGAUCAUUUUUCUAAAUUCCUUAAAGGGGAACUAAUGUUUUUUUCAACCUGGGCCCUAUUUUCUGAUCUGCUUUUGUCUAAAUGAGUGAUAGGAUGUUCAAUAUGUGACAUGUCUCCAGU